AUGGCCUGGAUGGAAAACCAGACUCUCAUCUCCCACUUUGUCCUCUUGGGCCUCUUCACCCACACGCCACUGCAUCUCUUCCUCUUCUCCAUCGUCAUGGUCAUGUUUCUGGUGGCCCUCUCUGGCAAUGGGCUCAUGAUCCUCCUCAUCAAUACAGACUCCCGCCUGCACAGCCCCAUGUACUUCUUCCUCAGCUGGCUGUCACUCAUGGACCUUAUGCUCAUCUCCACCAUUGUGCCACGGAUGGCUGCUGACUUCCUCCUGGGCCAGGGCUCCAUCUCCUUCACAGGCUGUGGGCUCCAGAUCCUCUUCUUUCUCACCCUCCUGGGGGAUGAGUGCUUCCUGCUGGCCUUCAUGGCCUAUGACCGCUACGUGGUCAUCAGCAACCCAUUGAGGUACUCAGUGGUCAUGAGCCGCCGCAUGUGUUGGCUCAUGGUGGGAGGGUCCUGGCUCUUUGGCCUGAUAGACGGGCUGAUCCAGGCUGUCUUCACCCUGCGCUUCCCCUACUGUGGCUCCCAGGAGAUUGACCACUUUUUCUGUGAGGUCCCCGCCGUGCUCAAACUGGCCUGUGCUGACACCUCCGUCUAUGAGACCAUGAUCUAUGUCUGCUGUGUCCUCAUGCUGCUCCUACCCUUCUCUGUCAUCUCUGCCUCCUACCUGUGGAUUCUGGUGGUGGUGCUCCGCAUGCGCUCUGCCGAAGGUCGGCAGAAAGCCUUUGCUACCUGCUCCUCCCACAUGGCAGUGGUCUCCCUUUUCUAUGGGGCUGCCAUGAUCACCUACAUGAGGCCCCAGACCUACCACUCCUCCAAGCAGGACAAGGUGGUCUCUGCCUUCUAUACCAUGAUCACCCCUCUGCUCAACCCUCUUAUCUACAGCCUGAGGAACAAGGAAGUAGCUGGGGCUCUCAGGAAACUCCUGGGGAGAUGUUCUUGUGGUGGAGGACAGGGGUAG